CGGGCUGCACCAGCCAGCUCCUCCUGGUUGACCUCGUGGAAUUUGUACAAGUGGUUCAAGGAUGAGCAUCAGAGGAGAGUGGAGGCUGAGACGAAGAUGGAAAGUCUGAAAGAUGUCCAGAUGCUCAAAGAGGAGAAGGAGGAGAGUGAAAAGCAGCUGAUAAAAGAGCUGGAGACCAAGAAUAAAAAGGUGGAAAGUCUGACAGCUGAUGUCCAGAAGCUCAAAGAGGAGAUGGAGAAGAGUGAAAAGCAGCUGGAGACCAAGAAACAAGAGCUGCAGGACGAGAAGACCAGAAGGGAGAAAGCUGAGAAACAAGUGGAGAACCUGAAGACGGAGCUGCAGACCAAGCAGGACAACAGCAGCUCUGCCAGUCUCAGUUCAAGAGGAAAAGUUCAGUAGGUGAAUUCACGUUUGCUGGAUUUCAGCACUAUUCACCGUUCAGCAUGUAGGUGUUCUGGUGCUAUAAUCAACAAUUCAAAACAUGUUUUGUUUGAAAGUGGUGAAAAAUCUGCUUUUGUUUCAUUGCCGCUGUUUUCUGUGUGCGUAUUACUGAAUAUCAACUCUUCAUUGUCGAGGCAAAAUAUCAUUCUGAAAGCUCCAACAGUGAACUGUUGUAAAGACAAACGGUAGAUAUGACCUGUUUUUUGGGACUCCACUGUCUGUAGCCGUGGGUCCCAUUCCCAGUGUACACGCUAACACCUGUUUGUGUAUAUAUAUCAAUACGUGUAUGAGGAUGUGUCUCUGCUGUGGAAUUAUAUUAUUCUGAUGUGUUUGUAAUGACGUGACCUGCUGACAGUUGGCUUCAUGUGUGUUUGUUCAAGCCUGAGAUCAUUGACUGGGUGCACCUGUAGAGUAACCCAUAUACAGGGCGACUCUCCAUGCAUGCUUCAUUUUGCACUGAGGACUGAAGCGUUUGCACUUCUGCACUCUUGCACAUUUCCUCACUGUCUGUCCAGCCCUGUAAUGUACUGAAUAGAAAUACUUCAAAUCAAGACUCCAGUCUGAACCUCUUUGUUCUCUGUGUGCGAGUCCUCCCCUGCUGCAGCACAAAGACAAACGGUCAAAUAAAUCCAUCUCCAAACCAAAAUGUGGGCUAACAUAA